AUGGAAGAUCCUUUUAAAUCAUUCUACAUUAACAUAACAUUUGAGCCCCAAGGGGACAAGGCUCUUCAACAAAACCACAAUUUUGUAUUUGCUUGUCAGAGAUCAAUGGAUUUCAACGUGGUUAUGAAUCAUGAUGUUCCUCCCGAGUUCCGUGAUGCAAAUGACCAAUGGGUCCCCAACAUCAACAGGUGUCCAUCACAUGCAGCAAAAGAGCAUGUGACUUCAUCUUACACCAGUACACAGUUGCAUAGGAAUAGUACAGCUAGCUUCCUAUAUCACCCAAACAAAAAACUGGGAAGAAACGCUUCUCAAUGA